AUGGCUCGAAGCCUCAUCAUAGGAUCUUUGACGGUGUGCUGGAUUCCCAACCAGAUUCGGCGUCUGAUGAUGGCCGCCCUGCCCAAGUCCCGCUGGACCACUUCCUACUUCCGGAGCUACGUCACCCUCCACCCUGUGGCCGACAGCUUCUUCUACCUCAGCUCCGUUAUCAAUCCGUUCCUCUACAACCUCUCCUCCAGGCAGUUCAGGGAGGUGUUUGUCCAGGUGCUGCGGUGCAAACUCACCAUCGAACACAUCAACAAGCGCACUUUGCAGUACUCCAAUGCUGCCUCUGGGCGCUCCCUCCAGCCCCUGCUGCUGAAGUCCCUGCGUCGCAACAGGGCGAGCCGCGCCACCGUCGCAGAGGAGAAAACUUCCCCCACUUUCACAACUUUUCUGUCGCAAAGUGACUCAGGAGUGGGCUCAGAUACUCAGGCGUCGCUGAGCGUGGCUGAGCAGCCGGAUUCACAUCACAAAACAAAGACAGAUGCUCCAUCAGAGAGUGAAAUAUAAUGUGCU